UCUUUCAAACACACUGUGGUUAAGUGUAGGCACUGACAAGAUUUGUCUGCUCCAGCAUGUAGCAGCCCUUUGAGCGGGCAGUUACAGAGAUUCAUGUGAACUGUAUUUUGGCAGACACCAUGGUUGUGUUUGAGUAUUCUCGUGUGGAUUUCCUCUUCACUUGUCUUGGUCUGGUGUUUUUACUGCUUGACAUAGGGCUGGACAUUUUUGCAGCUGUGUCUUUCUACCAGGAGAAGGAGUAUGUAAGCCUCGGUAUCCUGACGCUGUUCCUUCUGGGCUCGUCGGUGCUUGUCCAGGCUUACAGCUGGCUGUGGUAUCGCUACGAGGACUUUAGAAGGGAGACAAAGGUUGAGGGCUGCCUGAGCCGGUGCCAGCUCAUGCUUUUCCAUGUGCUCCAACUGGGAAUCUACUUCAGGCACGCAGGCGUCAUGGAGAUUUCUGUACUCAGCUUUUUCACAAGCAGAGACUACCCCUCUGACGUCGCUGUGUAUCUGAGCCAUGAUCUCAGCAUGCUGCGGCUCAUAGAGACGUUUUCAGAGAGCAGCCCUCAGUUCGUCCUCAUGCUCACUAUCAUUCUGCAGCGGGGUGAGCUCGACCUUGUCACAGUGUUAAAGGCCCUUGGAUCGGCCUCAGCCAUCGCCCUCACUGUAACCACCUACCACCGCUCCCUCCGCUCCUUCCUGCCCAAAAAGGAAAACCAGCAGUUCUUCUCGUCGGUGGUCUACUUUUUCUGGAACCUGUUUCUCAUAUUGCCUCGCCUCAUCGCCCUCGCCCUCUUCGCCUCCGUGCAGCCCUGCUUCAUCUUUACCCACUUUAUUUGCUCUUGGUUGGUUUUGUUCUUCUUUGCCUGGCGAUCCAAGACGGACUUUAUGGAGUGCCCCUGUGGUGAAUGGCUUUACCGAGCCACUGUAGGCCUCAUUUGGUAUUUCGCCUGGUUUAAUGUGGUCGAGGGGAGGACGAGGUACAGGACUCUGUUCUACCAUGGGUACAUUCUGGCUGAUGUUUCCCUCCUCUGCGGCCUGUGGUACUGGAAGAUGAGCACAGAACCGCCUGAUUUUGAAAUCCCACACUCAUAUGCCAUAAUCACUGCUGUCAGUGUUGUUGCCCUUUACAUCUUUGGACUCAUAAUUAAAAUGAUAUAUUAUAAGUGCUACCAUCCAAACCUUGCCAAAGGGGAGCUGAAAGGGGUCACAACUGAGUCCCAAACUGGAGACUCUUUGCCGAUGAUGAUGAUGGCCUUGUAUUCUGAAGAUGUGGUGGACAUGGCUGUGUUCAAAAAUGGCUUACCUUAUCAGCCUGUGGCCAUGAUGAGGCACAUAGAUACAGAUUUGGCAGAUCGUAACUUGCCAAGCCCAAGCCUAAGCCCAACGGCACCCAGCACUGAACGCUGCAAUAAAAGAAUGAGGAAGCUGGCCGAGACCUUCUACUCCUGACCCGCAUCACUUGACAUUCACAGGACAUAUAGAUCAGAAAGAGACUGAGUCAUGCAGACUUCUGUCAGCAUGUCAGCUUAAGCAAGAUCAUGGGGCUGUGUGGGAUUGAGGUCUAUGACCUGAUCGACCACUGAUACAAUCCCACGAGACACUGCUGGCGUUUAAGUCACGAUUGCUUUAUCCUCGCAGGCACUUUCUGCACUGCAUUAACUGGUGCUGCUCUCUUCCAAAGCAUGUGAAGCUGCCAACCAUGUUUUAAAUGUGUUUUCCUUGUAAAGGAUGGGUUCUCAUUUUUAAAAAAAAAGUCUGCCUUAAAACAAUACUCACUUGCCCAUAUGUACUUUGAAAGUGUUUUUGGUUGCUGUAAUUAUUCCUCCUGCUCAUUCUGGCCGUGAAGAGAUCUAUUUUUCUUCAGUUGUUACCAAGGGGGGAGUAGUAGGUUUCAACAGUGAGGAUCACUUCCGCGUUCAAAAAGCUGCAGUUCCUCGGCUGCUGCUGGGGGCUGGCUCCAGCAAUUCUCCAUUGACCCCCAUGUUAAAUUAGCCAACUUUACAGCCUAAAAAAAAACAUAU